UGUGAACAGCAGGUUGAACUACGUACAGUGAGGAGAAAGCAGAAGGAUAAAGCGUGAGGCAGCGAUGGUCCAGCUUCACGUUAAACGCGGUGAUGAGAGUCAGUUCCUUUUCAACACCACUGUUGAUGUAUCGCUGGAGACACUGAUUAAAGAAGUCACAGCUCUCUAUAACGGGAAGCUGAAAGUAGAGCGGAUAUGUUCAGAAAUACCCGAGCUUGCGGAUCACGGGAUAACGCUUCCUCCGAACAUGCAAGGGCUCACAGACGAUCAGGUCACCGAUCUGAAACUCAGGGAUGAGUGGGAAGACAAGUGUGUCCCCGGCGGUGGUGCAGUCUUCAAUAAGGAUGACACUGGACGCAGAAAUGGACACGCCCCAAAUCAGAGAAUGAAGGAUGUUUUAAUGAAAACUGUGGAAGAGGCCAAAGCUUUGAUUUCAAAAAAACAAGUUCAAGCAAAUGUUUGCGUUACCAUGGAAAUGGUGAAAGAGGCUUUGGACCAGCUCAGAGGUGCAGUCAUGAUUGUUUACCCAAUGGGUCUACCUCCGCACGAUCCGAUCCAGAUGGAAUUUGAGAAUAAAGAGGAUCUAACUGGAACACAGGCGUCUUUGCAGGUGAUACCGGAGGAAGAGGCUCAGUUAUGGUGGGCAAGUAAAGAGAUGCAGCGUGGGAAAAAAUUGCAAGACUAUGUGGGGAAAAACGAGAAAACGAAGAUUGUGGUCAAAUUACAAAAGAGGGGUCAGGGUGCACCGGCACGAGAGCCAGUGGUUAGUGAGGAGGAGCAGAAACAGAUGAUGUUACACUAUUACAGACGACAGGAGGAACUCAAGAAACUGGACGAAACUGAUGACGACGCCUACCUAAACUCCGAGUGGUCGGAUCGGCAGGCGCUGAAAAGACAGUUUCAAGGGCUGGCAGAUAUCAAAUGGAGACCCAAAUAGAUGGUCAGAGAUUACUCUUCUGGACUCAACACGACAGUGCUAUUGUUCUUUUCUCUGUGUGGAUAUCAACGCCUUAAAGACUGGCACACAAUGAGGCAUUCUUCAACAGAGAGUCUGUUUGUUCUCUCUCCACUCUGUUUCAUUGUACAGAGCCACAAAAAGAUUAUAAUAUAUCUAAGCUGGCUUUUUUAUUUUUGUU